AUGACUUCAACACCGCCUCUUCAAAUCGCAUCUACUCCUCAGACUCCUCCGACCCCUUUACAUGGCGCCGCUUAUGACCGUUCUAAUACGUACUCUAAUCGACGGUCUACAAGAACAAGCUCUCGAAUUGCGUCUGCAAACCUUCACUCCACUCCCGAUGGGCGCGAGAAGAUUCCUGAAAUUGAGGUGCCAGUGACUACUCCGCGCUCAUCCAGACAAUCAAGGCCCAAAGUGGCUCCUGGUAUCCAAUCGCCAGAGUCAACACCAAAGCACAAGGCACCCCGUCGUGUCCAAGUCGUCUCUCCUCCAUCGCCCGACGGCGACAACCUCCUGUCAACCACCAACAAACCCCCUCCCUCCAAGUCGCACCUUCAACCUCUGGCGUCUUCCUCUACCACAAUCUCCGACGGCAUGCUUCCGACUCCGGUCAAAACUCCGAGAAAGAAGAUGGUUCCCAAAGCAAGCAGGGCUGCCCGUGCGCUAUUUCAAGACAACACUACGGGCGCGAACGACUUGGUGGAUCUUGAACCGAGCCCUAGAAGGGAUCGAAAGAACAAACGCUACAACGGCUUCUCACUCGAAAGCUUUUCCGGAGACAAUGGCGACGGCCGCGGGCAGGUCCAGAUUUACACCGACUCUCGUGAUAGAAUUCCUCACGUUGACAACAGCGAAUCCAACCCCUUCAUAGAGCGAAGCAUGAACGGGGAAACUUCGUCUACUCGCAAGAUUGCUGGGACUUCCAAGCGCCGCAAGAUUAGUGGAGAGCGGAAGAAGCUGGAUCCACAAGUCGAAGAGGCCAUUGAGAAGGACGACGGCAUGGUUUACGUAUUCCGUGGCAGGAAAGUCUACCGACGCUUUGAUGAUGAAGAGGAUGAGGAAGAAGAUAUUGAUGCUGGCAAUCUCGGUCUUUUGGAGCACACGCCCAAAGGUACAGAAGCCAAGUCCCUCAGAACCCUUACCCGCCGGUCGAUCAAGCCCAAACGACUUUUCCAGACUGAAGCGCAGCAAAAAGCACGCGAGGCAGAACAGGAGGAGGAAGCCUUGACUGACAUUGAGGAACCGGCCGAUCCCAGCGGCGAUGCCUCGGCAGCAGCAGGCGACAGCAAAUCAAGCGACGUUUCCUCAACUUCAGCGACAAGGAGAUCACUUCGCUCAAGUGGUCCAGCGCCCGUGAUUCCCACAGAAGCAGAGACCCUAGAAGCCAGCCGUCCUUCAACUCAAAAGGUCAGUCCAUUCGAUUCUUGGCCCAGACUGAAAAGCGGAGGGCGGGCGGCGGCUAGCACUCCCCGGGGAAAGAAGCGUGGUGCGGCGGAUAUAUUGGAAGACAGUGUUGGGGCCUUAGGUGUUGAAGCCAAAAAAUCCAAGACUUGA